AAGAGAUGGAGAGUGAAAGAAAAGCAAUGUUGAUGUUGGUUUUUGCAGUGGGAGCUGCUGUUCUGGUUGGGAGUGUUUCUGCACAGAAUUGUGGGUGUUUGAGCAAUUUGUGCUGCAGCAAGUGGGGAUACUGCGGUACUGGAGAUGAUUACUGCGGCACUAGCUGCAAAGAAGGGCCAUGUACCACCACCCCCACUCCCUCCACUCCCUCCACUGGCGGUGCUGUCUCCUCCAUCAUCAGCAAGGAUUUCUUUGACGCCAUUCUCAACGCUGCAGACAGCUCCUGUGCUGGAAAGAGCUUCUACACAUACGAUGGCUUCAUCCAGGCUGCCAACGCCUACUCUGGCUUCCGCACCACAGGAUCUUCUGACGACGCCAAGAGAGAACUCGCUGCCUUCUUCGCCCAUGUCACACACGAGACUAGAUCUUUCUGUUACAUUGAAGAGAUCGAUGGCGCAUCCAAAAAUUACUACGAUGAAACCAACACUCAGUAUCCAUGUGCUGCGGGCAAAGGCUACUUCGGCCGGGGACCCAUCCAGCUAUCCUGGAACUUCAACUACGGUCCAGCGGGAAACGACAUUGGGUUCGACGGAUUGAAUGAGCCGGAGAAAGUAGCGCAAGAUGUCGCCAUUUCGUUCAAGACAGCAGUUUGGUUUUGGAUGAAACAGAGCAACUGCCAUAGCGCCAUCACCUCUGGACAGGGAUUCGGUGCUACAAUCCAAGCUGUGAAUGGCGCCAUCGAGUGUAACGGUGGCAGACCAGACAUCGUCAAUAAGCGUAUAGGUUACUACAAAAAUUACUGCGAGAAGUUGGGAGUAGAUCCAGGCUCCAACCUCUCCUGCUAACUUUACAUCACCUCAGCUCACAUCUGUCAAUAUACA